CCGAGCCGCCGCCGCCCGGCCCGGCCCGGCCCCCGCGCGCUCCCGCCGCCCCGGCCCCGGGGGGCUCCGCCCGCCGUCCGCCGCCUCCCUCCAGCCGCCCGGAGCUCGGGGAGCGCAGGCGGCUCCGCGCCGAGCCUGGAUGUGCGCGGCCGGGGCGCGGGCUGCCGGCACCUGGACCGGCACCGGGCCGGCGCGGCGGGGGUGCUGAGGGCGGCCCGCGCCCGGGCCGCCGCCGCCGCCCGGAUGGACACGUCGGGGCACUUCCACGACUCGGGCGUGGGGGACCUGGAGGAAGAGCCCAGGGGCCCGUGCCCGUCCUCCGGCGAUGAGCAGCCGCCGCCCCGCGCCGCGCCCCCGCCGCACAGCCAGCCCCUGCACCGCAGCCUGUUGCACUCCUCGCCCGGCGGCGCCUUCAGGGCUCCUCCUUCCUCCAACCCCCCGGGCCUCCACCCUUCCUCCCGCCAGGGCAGCCAGCUCAAUCUGAGCGACCACUUGGCUGGACACUCGCCAAGCUCCACGGCUACAAGUGGGGCCGGCGCGGGCGGCGGCCGCCACAGGCAGGCCAGCCCGCUGGUGCACCGGCGGGAUAGCAACCCCUUCACGGAGAUAGCCAUGAGCUCGUGCAAGUACAGCGGGGGCGUGAUGAAGCCCCUGAGCCGGCUCAGCGCCUCCCGGCGGAACCUCAUCGAGGCCGAGCCCGAGAGCCAGCCCCUGCAGCUCUUCGGCGCGGGCCCCCCCGAGAUCGUCAUCUCCCGCGAGGACAACCAUGCCCCCGCCGCGCUGCUGCACGCCCCGCACCCGCACCCGGCCCCGCACGCGGCCCCGCACCCGCCCGCGCCCGCGCACCCGCACAACCACCAGCACGCGCCCGCCGGCCCCUUCCCCAAGGCGCCCAAGCGCAAGGCCCAGAACAUCGGCUACAAGCUCGGCCACCGCCGGGCCCUCUUCGAGAAGCGCAAGCGCCUCAGCGACUACGCGCUCAUCUUCGGCAUGUUUGGCAUCGUCGUCAUGGUGAUCGAGACGGAGCUCUCCUGGGGCUUGUACUCCAAGGACUCCAUGUUUUCUCUGGCUUUGAAAUGCCUUAUCAGCCUCUCCACCAUCAUCCUGCUGGGCCUGAUCAUCGCCUACCACACCCGCGAGGUGCAGCUCUUUGUGAUUGACAAUGGGGCAGAUGACUGGCGCAUUGCCAUGACCUACGAGCGCAUCCUGUACAUCAGCCUGGAGAUGCUGGUCUGUGCCAUCCACCCCAUCCCCGGCGAAUACAAGUUCUUCUGGACGGCACGCCUGGCCUUCUCCUACACGCCGUCACGGGCGGAGGCAGAUGUGGACAUCAUCCUGUCCAUCCCCAUGUUCCUGCGGCUCUACCUGAUCGCCCGCGUCAUGCUGCUGCACAGCAAGCUCUUCACUGAUGCCUCUUCCCGCAGCAUUGGGGCCCUCAACAAGAUCAACUUCAACACACGCUUUGUCAUGAAGACGCUCAUGACCAUCUGCCCCGGCACUGUCCUCCUGGUCUUCAGCAUCUCUCUGUGGAUCAUCGCCGCCUGGACUGUCCGUGUCUGUGAGAGGUACCACGACCAGCAGGAUGUCACCAGCAACUUCCUGGGUGCCAUGUGGCUCAUCUCCAUCACCUUCCUCUCCAUCGGCUAUGGGGACAUGGUCCCUCACACCUACUGCGGCAAGGGCGUCUGCCUCCUCACUGGCAUCAUGGGGGCUGGCUGCACCGCACUUGUGGUGGCUGUGGUGGCCAGAAAACUGGAGCUCACCAAGGCCGAGAAGCACGUGCACAACUUCAUGAUGGACACGCAGCUGACAAAGCGGAUCAAAAAUGCUGCGGCCAAUGUCCUCCGCGAGACAUGGCUCAUCUACAAACACACCAAGCUGCUCAAGAAGAUCGACCAUGCCAAGGUCCGGAAGCACCAGAGAAAGUUCCUUCAAGCCAUUCAUCAGUUGCGAAGUGUGAAGAUGGAGCAGCGAAAGCUGAGUGACCAGGCCAACACACUAGUCGAUCUUUCCAAGAUGCAGAACGUCAUGUACGACCUGAUCACGGAGCUGAACGACCGCAGCGAGGACCUGGAGAAGCAGAUCGGCAGCCUGGAGUCCAAGCUGGAGCAGCUGGCAGCCAGCUUCCACUCGCUGCCCCUGCUUGUUGCCGAUGCACUGCGCCAGCAGCAGCAGCAGCUGCUGGCAGCCGUGAUGGAGGCACGGGGCGUCAGCGUGACUGUGGGCACCCCCCAGACGCCGCUGUCCGACAGCCCCAUUGGGGUCAGCUCCACCUCCUUCCCCACCCCAUACACCAGCUCCAGCAGCUGCUAGGCUGCCGCUCCCAGCCCUCCACGCUGGUGAAGCCUCUGCACAAGCCGGCUCUCUCCUGGUUCUCUUAUGCUGUGGCCCCUGGGACCAAGCCAGCGCAAGGAGCCGGGCAGGACUGAUGCCGCAGCAUGCCUGGCCCUCCACAACACCGGCCUGGAGCCCAGCACUGCCUGCAGGCACUGGAGGGAGCGGCGGGCCUGUGCUGCAGUGCCCGUGGACAGCAGGAGUCCACGCUCAAUCUCAGGUCUUCACAUGGAAAAAAUGGGGCGGGCCACAGGCUGCUCAGUGGGAGCUUCCUCCCCUGCCCCACGCCACGGGGAAAGGGCAGGGGCAGUUUGCAGGCCACGACCUGGAUCUCCCCCCUGCCCCCCCCCACUCGCCCCCCAUCUUCAGGGCAGUGCCAACGACGCCAAUUUUGCACAGGCCCUGACUGAAGAGGCUGGCUCUCCACCGUGCCUGCACCCCUGACUCCCCAUGCAGGGGCUGCGCUUCAUUCGCAGGGCUCCUCAGAGAGGGCAUAGAAAUGACCCGGGCUGUGCCAUGGGACCAGUGGCUUCCUGAGGCCACCAUGCCCAGGCUUGUGGCAGGGGCACGUUCCCAGGGGCGCAGAGGGUGCCUGGGCCACUGCUGGAGCUGGGGAGGAGCAGGCCAGGUCAGAGGUGGGUCUGGAUCUGUGUCAGCCCCACAGCAGGGAGACCCCUGGGCCUGGCCAGUGCAUCCCCACCACCCAGGCCUUCCCAAUAGGGCCUCAGCAUCCUCCCCACUCCCUUCAGCUCAGCCCUGGAUCCAGCCCGGGAGGGACAGAACCCAGGGCUGACUCUAAAGUGCUGCGGGAUGUGGGGACCAAGCUGCUUCAUCCAUGUACAAGAAGGCUCCCCUUGCUUGCAGGGGUUUGAGAGAUAGUGGCUGCACUGCCCUGUGCUCCCAGGAGCAGGGGAGGGCAGGCUGUGGGGGAGGCAGGGGGCUCAACCGCACUCAUGGCCACCUCUGGGCUAUGCUUAUAGCCGCCUUGGGGGUGUCCUUGAUGCUGAGGCCUCCUGCCUUCCCCCUCCCCCCACACCUGGCUAGGCUCAGUGCUGAGCACCAUGCGCCUGGCUGUGCCAGGCCCGGCUGGGCUGGCUGCUCUCAGCAGAGAUGCAGCGGGGGAUGCAUGUGCGCUUCAACUGGGGAAGUAACCGUGUAAUUACUGUGUGAUAUUAAUUACAUGUCACCCGCGGCGGCUGGGAGCGAGAGGCGCUACGGCUCCGAGGCCGCUCGGCUCCUCUGCAGCUCUUCCCUGUGCUGGCAGGGGAGGCAGGAUGCAUGUGGGGUGGGCUCCUGACCCCCUGGGACAGCUGGUGAGCGAGCGGGGAAGCUCCCCCCAUGUGAGCCCUCUGCAGCCUGCGGUGCAGGGAAGUUGUGUGUGGGGAGCUGGGCAGACCUUGGGGGCCCCGACAGCUGGGCUGUGUGUGGCCCCUGGCUAUGCCAGGGCACACUGCUCCUGGCUCCCUCAUUCCCCUUGGUUCAGACCUUCAAACUCCCUCCCCUUGCAGGCAGCUCUCUGCCCUGUACACGCUGCUCCUGGGCCCCAGGGACCAGCUUCCUGGCUGCAAGUGCUCCUCCACGCGUCACCAUGUGGCUUUCAGGUCUGAGAGCUCUGUCCUGCUCUCUGCCCCUAGGCAUUGUGGGUAACACAGUGCCACCAUCCCUCAUGGGGCCCAAACACCAUUCCUGGCUCUGCCACUGCCUUGCCGUGUGGCCUUGGGUGACUCUCAUCCUCUCCACCUCAGUCUCCCCUCCUGGAAAAUGGCCCUAGGGAAGGGCUUCGGCUUUGCCAGUGUGAAGGGUUGCUGCGAUGUGCGCGGUCUCCGGGCAGCUCGGAGAGGGAAAUCCUUUCCUCCCUCGCCAGCGGUUCAUACAGGAGGCGAGUGCCCCUCAGGGACCCGGCCUGUGCCUGGGCUUUGAGCGGCAGGAUGGUGGUUCUGGAGGGGGUAUUGAUCGCAUAGUGCCGGUGCCACGAGCAGGGGGAAGUCCCCGCUCGAUGCUGGGAAAUGACACUGGCCAGGACGAGCCUUGAAAGCGACGAGUGGCCCCUAGAGCCCAGCCCUCCCAAGGGAGGAAGCCCCGGCGGUGCCGGGGGAGCCUGUCCAUGGGCCCGGCUGCCCGGUCCAGUGUUGUUUCCUCAGGAUCGCGGGUUACAGGGCCAGGACUUUCUGGCUGGCUCGUACCGGCUGCGGUGCCGGCUGGAUCGGGCCUGUGCGGGAGUGGCCCCGGCUGCGGGGCAGGUCGCUGGGUUCCUUCACGCGUCUCGUUUCAGCACCGCAGACAGCAGCUCGGUUCCCCCGACCCCGGCGGCUGCAGGCAGCUCCUCGGGGCCUCCCGAUCCCUUCCCUGCCUGAUGCCCGCGGUGCCACCCAUGAAAGCGCCGCGGGUGCAAUCUGCGCGGGCAAGAAGGGCACAGCGGAGGCAUCCAUGCCCCGGGGGGGCUUCCCGAGCCCUGCCCACUGCCCGCCACAGCCAGCCCCCAGCAGGGCCAGGGAUCCCCACUGAGCAGCCCUCGGGCAAGCCGCCUCCGUCUCCCGGUGCCAGGGUGCCCGGGGGCGGCCUCGUUUACAAGCCUGAGGGGGGCACGGCGGAGCCGGCAGCAACAGGCCCUGCGUAAGGGCCAGCGAGAGCCGCGGGAGGAGAAGCACAAGGCGGCAGCUCCAGCGACACGAUCCCAAAGAGACGCGGGGAGGGAAGGGGCCUCCGAGCCCCGCAGUUGCGGGUUGCUCACGCCGACGCCCGGGAGGGCCCGCCCGAGCUCCCUGCUCUCGGCCCGUCCACGGGAGCCUCAGCUCCGCACUGCCGCGGGACCGGCGGCCCCGCAGACUCUCACCGACCGCAAGUGUUGAUAGCCAGACUUAGAUGACAAGCUUCACUAUGGGUUUGCUCCUUGCCUCCUUUCUGCUUGCUUCUUUUUUUAAGACUAGGGGAAAGCAUAAUAGUUUAUUUUAACUAUGAAAUAUAUUGCUAUAUUACCACGGGGAUUGUCACGUCCCAUGACGUUUUGUAUCGCACUAGGCGGCGGGUGGGCAGUGAUGUCGGCCUGCCCUCGAAAUGCCUGUUUCUGAGUACACAUCGCUGCAGAGCGCGGCUCGGCCCGGGGUGGGGGGCAGAGACGCCCGGGCAGGUAGGAGCUGCCCCAGGGAAGAGGCGCCGGGGCCGGGGGGUGAUACGCCUUGCCAGCAGUGCGGGCCAAAACCUGCAGCAGGGUCAAGCGAGGCCUUCCGGGAGGAUCCAAGUAGGUUGUCUUGCCCUUGGCCCUUCGAGCGAGGCAGGGUCCCAUCCCCUGGGCCAUUCGGCUCCACCAGCUCAGGUCCCCCUUGGGUGUCAGGCCCCGGGGACGAGUCGCUGGAUGCUGCACCUUCUCUUCCCAGCCCCGAGCUUUGGUGCAGAAGGGCAGGAACUGAUGGUCUCGGCCUGGGGGGCCGGAGUGGGGGGGCACCUAGGUCUGCUGCUGUGUCUGGAACAGCUUGUGCCAGGCCUUUCCUCCAGGACGGAGCACGUAGGAGCCCCCCUUCCCUCUCUCUUCCCUACCAGGCAGCAGCCUUCCCGGUGGCAACUAGACGGCGAAGUUGGGGGAGGCCGCUCCAGGGAAAGAUGCCUCUGAGGAUGAUGCUCAGUCUUGGGGCUGGUUCCUGAGGCCUGUGUCCCUGUGAAUGUGCCCCCACCCCUUCCAACCACCUCACCAAGCACCUUGGAGGGGCCUUUCCCUUCGUCCCAGUCCCGGCCAGCAGAGCCCAGCCCCAGGGAAACCAGGAUGCCGCGACCAAGUCCAGCCCUGCCGGGUCUCUGCAGCUCCCGCUCCUGCUCCUGAACCGUUUCCCCCUCUUUGUCCGUGGUCCCCAGCCCCCUCCCCCCAGGCCCUUGCCAGCCCUAGGCUUUCACGGGAGGGGGGAGCCAGUAGUCAUAGUGUGCUGCCACGCAGCUGAUUUGUACCUAGAAACAGGCAUGUUUUAAUCUAAUGGCUUUAACCUGUUCACUGUAAAAAGUGCCUUGGACUUAACUGGGGAGAGGUCAGUAUGUAGAAACCCGCGGGCGCGCCCCGAGCGCUGAUAUCUGCGUCCCUAUAUAAAGGCUUUGGACCCCC